UCAGAUCUGUUUCAGUGACACAGAGCUGCGUGGAUGGAGGUCCCAUUGAGAAAGGGGUGACUUUUCCAACCCCUGUUCUGAGCAAGAACACGAGUUUUCUGUGCCCGAUUUGCCUAACUCAACGAACGGUCGAAGCGCACUCCCACGAGAAUAAAAUGAUUCACAAGAAAGUCAGGUAUCUUCUGCAUCCGCUUUGUCCCCUGAAGGGCAGAUGUGGGUCUGAGCUUAAGCUCGUUGCAUGCUGUCUCCUCCAUCUCUCCCUCUUCUCGCUUACACUCUCCCAUUCACGGUGAUACCUUCCUUGUCUUUGCGUUUAUCACCAUCUUGAAUCCAGCACAGAAGUCCUUUCGGGCUCCUUGCCUUCUCUCUUAUGGUUUCCACGGUUUCUGUUGAUGGGCAGAUUUGGUUCUCGUCUCCUAUGACCUAAUCGACCGAUACCUACCGUCGAGUCCUGCGAAACUGGUGAAAGGGAUAGCUUUUUUCUGGUUUCUUGUGAACGGUGAACCAUGAUGCGUUCUGACAACCAUGAGGGUGAAGAGGCCCACCCAUUGAAUUGCAAGGAAGAUAUGGAAAGCCUCGCUCUGGAUGCCCCCUUGCAACCACUUUCCUUGCAUUCCUGUAGCGAUGACUAUAGAAGCGCUAUCUCAUCGGUAGGUGAUGGUCGCCACCCACUAUCGCCUCCUGGUGACCCUAUUCUCUCCCCUUUCAAGGAUUCCUCGCCGAAGGGUUCGGACGCUAACUCGUUUCUGGAGCCCCCAUCUUAUGCAGACGUCGUCUUCCGCCCGUUUGAAAACGAACACGAUGAUGCCAACAAUGGGUACAAUGGCGGGCUAGAGAGCUGUGCUUCGCCUUCGUCUGAUUCCGGUUCUUUGGGUGCCUUGUACCUGCGAAUUGCCGUCACAGAUCCUCAAAAAGAGCAGGAGAUGACGAAUUCGCUAGUUCCUGGAGGGAACACGUACAUAACUUAUCUUAUCAGUACCAGAACUAACAUCCCGGAGUUUGGUGGUUACGAUUUCUCCGUGAGACGUCGGUUCAGGGAUGUGGUCACUCUUGCGGAUCGUCUCGCGGAGUCUUACCGUGGAUUCUUCAUCCCCCCACGGCCGGAUAAGAAUGUGGUCGAGAGCCAAGUUAUGCAGAAGCAAGAAUUCGUGGAGCAGCGGAGAGUGGCAUUGGAGAAGUAUCUCUGUAGGUUGGCAGCGCACCCGGUGAUCAACAAGAGUGAAGAAUUGAGAUUGUUUCUUCAGGUUCAAGGGAGACUGCCAUUGGCAUCCACUACAGACGUGGCGUCGAGAAUGCUCGAUGGGGCAGUAAAUCUUCCGAGACAAUUGUUUGGUGAAUCAGUAAGCACAGUCUCCGCUGAAGAUGUAGCCCAGCCAGCGAAAGGAGGAAGAGAUCUGCUUAGGAUAUUUAAGGAGUUGAAGCAGUCUGUGGCUAAUGACUGGGGCAGUUCGAAGCCCCCCAUAGUCGAGGAGGACAAAGAGUUCUUGGAGAAGAAAGAAAAAAUGCUGGAUCUUGAGCAGCAGCUCAGUGACACAUCGCAACAGGCUGAAACUCUUGUAAAAGCUCAACAAGAUAUUGGGGAAACAAUGGGAAAACUGGGGUUGGCAUUUAUCCAACUGACAAAACUUGAAACCGAUAUGGCUGUUUACGAUUCACAAACAGUACGAGCAGCUGGCUUCAGACAAGUAGCAACAGCUGCUGUUAAAGCCAGUAGAUUCUAUCGUGAACUAAAUGCGCAGUCAGUCAAACAUUUGGACAAACUUCAUGAGUAUCUUGGACUAAUGCAAGCUGUUCAUAGUGCAUUCUCAGAUCGAUCAAGUGCCUUACUGACUGUGCAGACACUUCUAUCAGAAUUAUCUUCAAUGAAUUUAAGAGCUGAAAAACUUGAAGCUGCUUCCUCCAGAAUAUUUGGUGCAGACAAAACUAGGAACCGUAGAUUGGAAGAGUUGAGAGAAACAAUAAGAGUUACUGAAGAAUCAAAAAGUGGUGCCACAAAAGAAUAUGAACGGAUUAAGGAAAACAACAGAAAUGAACUUGAAAGGCUUGAUAGAGAAAGAACUAAUGACUUUUUUGGCAUGUUGAGGGGCUUUGCAAUCAAUCAGUUUUCAAUAUCGUGGGCAAAUCCUUUGCUGUCCUCUUCCAGAGACUUACUGAUGCAGGUUCUAAUGUAAUUCAGAGUAAACAGACUUUUUCAACCCUAUAAUGGUUCUGAAUGAAGAUGUAUUUGGCUGCGUCUCUUCCACUUUCCUGAUGGAUCACUGGGGCCUUCCAGUUGCACUCAAAAGUUCUGAUACAAGCUUAUGGUUGGCCUGGGAGCAAAAUAUUGCCGAUAGAAUUCAAAAUUUUUUGCAAAUCCCUCCGGAAGUGCUGGUGUAUAUGUUCUCAUUGGGCAUGUUCUUUCGACAUUCCUUUCUCAUGAUGUGUGAUUGUAGUCCUUGAACGAGUGGAAAUAGUGAAAUCCUGUAAGAUUUUCUUCGGGGUUAGCAGCAUCUGGUAAGAC